AUGUCCGAACCUAGUGCUAGAGGUACUUUAGAAACUUUUCUCGACCCCAGUAACCCAUCUGUUGGUAAACAAACUAUGCUUGACUGGUUGCGCAUUCAUCAUCCAAUGACUCCCAUAAGAUCAAAUAUCAGAACAGGCGAGGUAGCAGUCAUUGUUCGAGAGAAACAACCUGAAUUUUUCCCCGAUCCGACCUCAGAUGCCCCAGCGGUUGCUUCCGGAAUGAUCAACAUCUAUCCUACUCUUGAAGAUCUUCGAGUUACUUCUCCUAUAACCUCAAGGCCUUUGGAGAAAAAAGAGCCGUUAGUGAUCAAGCGCUCUGCAUCUCAAGAUUUGGAGUUUUCUUAUCCACAUAAGCGCAUAGGAAUUGGAAUGGAAGCAAAGCCGGAGCCUGAGGUUUGUGGCACAUCCACAUCCAAGAUUUCGAAAAAGAAGAAACAGCCCUCAAGCCGCACCAAGGCGGCAAACAGCACUAGUACCGUUCGUCAACGGUCAAAAAAGGUUGUUUCCAAUCGAAUGGAGGGCGCGUCCAUUUCGUCACCUCGAAUUUCAUCAAUCUUAAGUCUCAGCAAUGAGGAUGAAAAAAAGGAACUUGAGGGGCUCAAACAAUCCCUCUUUUUGCCUCAUAUAAAUGAUCAAAGUGGCGCUUCACGUAUUCCGACUUCAACAAAUAGGAGCGUGGCGAAAGUUUCUCCUAUCAAAAGAGAAAACAGCCCGGUUAACAUAUUUUUCAACAUUGAUCCGAAUCACUCACAAGGACACCAAGGCUGGAAUACAUUGAAUUUACAAGAACAAGUCACCGACGUCAAGGCAUCAAACCCAGCUCAUGUCUCAGACGAUAUGGAUCUUAUUAACUUUUCUGAUACUGAAGUUUUUGAAGUGGGGAAUCUAGUGAUCGGCCGCGAUAUUCCAGCUAUCAACAUGAACCAAAAUCUUUCUCCCUUGAACAAGAAAAGCGGAGUUGAUAUCUUCCAAGAGGAGCAACAACGAGCAGAGAAAGUGCGAAAUUUUGAACAACAAUUAGCCCAUCUUGAAAGUUCACUUGAAGAGAUGGAGAAAAAGGCCAGUAUGAAUCUUUUCCAAGAUCUCCAACAACAACAAGCGAAUGCCGACGCCGCUGCUCAAAAUUCUUCCAAGCUAGAUGAAGCAAUGCAGAAGAUUGUGAUUCCUGAAACAAAAGUUGAUGAUCUUCAAGUAGAUGCAAUUGACCUACAGCACGAGUUGGACAUCGCUGACACCUUAAUAAGGGGACAAGCGCGAGCGCUGAGUGAGUUAUUAGGACCUGGAAAGUCCCUUGAACAUUAUUAUGAUGUUCAUUCUGAAUCUGAUUUGGCGGAGCAAGAUGAUGCUUCACCUACCAAUGACACUUCGAUCUCAGAUUUACAAAUUUAA